CGGAGGCCUUUGCGGCUGACAAGAGACUACGCCUCCCAGAGGCCUCUGCGACGCCGCGACCGGAAGUGACGGGCGAGCCGAGUGUCCUUGCGCGCGGAGCGGAGCGGUCAUGGUAUCCGGAGUGUGGUCGCUGAUGAGGUUCCUCAUCAAGGGCAGUGUGGCUGGGGGCGCUGUCUACCUGGUGUACGACCAGGAGCUGCUGGGGCCCAGCGACAAGAGCCAGGCGGUCCUUCAGAAAGCUGAGGAGGUGGUCCCCACCGCCGUGUACCAGUUCAGCCAGUACGUGUGCGAGCAGACAGGCCUGAAGAUACCCCAGCUCCCAGCCCCUCCAAAGUUUAACUUUCACAUCCGCGAGUCCUGGAAUUCAGGCAUCAUCACGGUGAUGUCCGCUCUGUCCGUGGCCCCCUCCAAAGCCUGGGAGUACUCCAGGGAGGGCUGGGAAUACCUGAAGGAGCGAACCAAGUAGCUGUCAAGAGGAAGCUGCCUGCCCCAGGCGGGAACAGGGGCCAGGGCGCCAUGGACGCCAGACUGGGACCCCACUCCUAGGGCAGCUCCCGGCCUUGCCGGCCCAAUAAAGGACUUGGAAGUGUU